GGGAUAAACCCCCCUUUGAGAAUUCGGUCACGAAAAAGGAGGACAACUGCGGCCAUGGCUGAGCCCAAGCAAGCAACGCACCCGUGACAGGCGUGUUCUUCUACGUGCCCAACCUCAUCGGCUACACGCGCGUCGUGCUGUCGCUCUACAGCUUGGCGGUGGCACUCACGGACUACAAGGCCAGCGUGCUGUGCUACGCGCUCAGCUUCAGCUUUCGACUACUUCGACGGCUUCUUCGCGCGCCUCUGCGACCAAUGUACAGUCGCGUUAAGCCUUGUGGGAGAACGCAGGACGCUUCUAACCCGUAUUGUAUUGCUACUACAGGCUCGACGUUCGGCGCUGUGCUGGAUAUGGUCACGGAUCGCUGCUCGACCGCCGGGCUGCUCGUGGUGCUGUCCCACUUGUACCCGCAGUACAUGUUAGUCUUCAUGUACCUGCUGAUCCUCGACUUCUCCAGCCACUGGUACCACAUGUACUCGAGUCGUGGCCACCACAAGGUGGUCGCGGCCGAGCGCAACUUCCUGCUGCGAUUCUACUACGGCUGCUACCCGUUCUUCGGCUUCUGCUGCGUGGGUACUGAGCUGUUCUACAUCCUGCUCUACGUGCUUCACUUCGACCCCACGCUGCUGAUUCCAUUCAUCAACGUCCCCGUCAUGCAGCUGUGCUACUACGUGUGCCUGCCCGCCUGCGUGUGCAAGAACAUCACCAACGUGGCGCAGCUGUGCAGUGCCGCCUACUCGGUUGCGGCUGAGGAUGUGGCACUCGCCAACAAGGCCAAGUAGAGUUGGGAUCCUAAGCAAUAGGGGCGCAAGGAGAGAGAGCUUGCCCACGUAUAGUCAAGUCGUCACUGUCCCAUGAGUGCAUGCAGCAGAUAGCAGGACGUCUGUGAGUGAGAGAAAUAUGAGGCAGAUGCAAAAAAAAAAGCUAUGGUGUUGAGAUCGCCAGCGCUCUUGGCUAUUCUGCCUCCUUCUCUUCAGACUCGCGCGGAUACAAGAUAUCAUAGUGUCCCGGUCUAUACAGUAGCGUGAUUGACACAGGCUCUUGCUGCGUGGUUGACUCCACUGUGGGUGAACACACGUAGCUCUGCAGAUCCUCCCCAGGUCCGGCACUUCCGUCCAGAUACUCAAUCUUGACCCCGACUUGGAGCGCCUCUGUCAAUGCUGCAAUUUGGGGCUGGUCGCACUCCUUCCCCAUAGGCUCCACCUAACCAAACAGCAACUCGUUAGUUCUCUUCCUCAUCCCUUAACAAUCGGCAGUCUGCAGCGCAGAACUGUGCCACCGUUUGGCCCGGAUACAGACCGUCAAUGAAAGGCUGGAAGGUCUCUGCGUUCUUCUUCAUGUACCCGGCGGUGAGCAGCCGCAUGUACCAGACCAAGUACUCGGAUUCUCUCCCUCUGUCUGGAAAUCUUGUACUAGCUCCGCGUGCGAACGUGUCUCCAUGGCUGCUAAGUAGUCCACGAACGUCUCCCAGAAUGCGUCGAUGGCCACGUCACUGUAUCCGAUAGCCAUCAGUUCGCUCUUGCUCAUCUGGAUCUUAUCCUGAAUGCGACUGCGUAGUGCUGCGUUGCUGUCCUCGCCCCAGCACCUCCAGUCGGCAAUAGCUGCUCGCAUAGUGCGAAGAUGAAGCCCCGGAAGAAGCAGUUGCCAUCUCCGCGAACGCGUCGAAGCGCCUCAUAGCGCGCGUUUUUAGUGAAUCGAUGCCUUGCAUGAAGUUGGGGUUCGCAUUGCCCACGUAUUCGGCCUUGAGGCACAGCACCGACAUGCGGUCCGACAGCAGCGGGCCUACGGGCCAGUCCGGCUCCGUCGAUUCAUCGAUGUCAAAGAGCAGUGGAUUCAUCCCAGGUUUUGUCGAGACUGUUCAGCUCUCGGGUGUCAUUUACGUUUCGCUGUCUUUUUUAAACUUUGUUGUCUCUCGUGCGGGUUGUAUUUCAUUUUCAAGGGGAUUUUUCUGAUCCACAUUUAUGUCCC